GCCAAAAUUGGUGCUUUCGCGCAAUGGUGACAAAAAGGGACGCCGCCAAGCAGGAUGUGGGUGUAGAGGAGGAGCUGCUGCAGGCCUCCGACUGCUGCGGCAACGGCUGCACCCACUGCAUCCUGGACAACAAGCCCCGGCCGAGCAAGCGCGUCCUGCUGGCCGGCAAACGCAAUGUCAUUCUGAGCUACACGAAAUUCCGCCUGUUGCGGCGAGAAUCAUUGGAUGGCCAGGUGCUUCAGCUGCACUUCGGCCACGCAGCUGAGCAGGGGACGGAUACGGAGGACUCGGUGCUGGACAUUCCACCCGGUCACCACGUAAUGCUGCGUGUGGGAUCCCUGCUGCGUCCCUAUUCGCCCUACUGGAGCGACUUCCAGGCCAGGGAGUUCCGCAUUCUGGUAAAGUUGCAGCAGGAGGGGCCCAUGUCGCGCCACCUAGCAGCCGUGCGGCCCAACGAUCUGCUGGAGUUCCGCGGACCCAUCGGGCAGUACGUGCAUGACCCAAUGGAGGCCAAGUGCAUCUAUAUUCUAGCCCAGGGCGUAGCCAUUGCACCCACUUUGCCACUGGUGCGGCAGGUGCUGGAGAACGAGGAGGACAUGAGUCGCUUGUGGCACCUGGUGUGCGCCCGCGACCUACAGCACGUCUACUUCCGCGAGGAGCUGCUCGAGUUCGCCCAGUUCUGGAACUACAGGAGCUGCCUCUACCUCCCCCAUCAGCAGUGCGAAUCCGCCGCUUGCAAGGAGGCAGGACACUGCGAUCCGGAGUGCCCAAAUCUCCGGCGGAGUCUCCGCUACAGGGAGACGGCCAAAGUGUCCCGCUUGGAUGCUUCCGGACUGACCACCCACUCCAAUCCCUCCAUUGCCGGACAGCGCGUCGUCAUCGUGGCCGGAGACUCUAACUUCCAAAGGAACAUGGCCCUAAUUGCCACACAAUCCAUAGGCGUGGACCCGGCUCACGUGUACUUGUUGUAAAUGGCACUGGAAAUUGUCUUGAGUCCCUGGUAGGGCAGCGAUGUGGGCGGAGGGAUGUGGACCGCGUGCUGCGGGGACUGGUGCUGCGGCGUGAGCGGGAAGGUCUCCGUCGAGGAGGAGGUCUGCAUCACACCCGAUCCCGGCGAUCCGACGUUCAAGCGGGCGCGAUGCUGGUGCGGAGAGGCAGGAUGCAUUUUGGAAGGAGACAGGAGGGCUUGCGAGGAACUAAGGCACCGAUCGCGUCGGAUCCAGUCGAAUCGAUUUCAAAUCCACGUCUACUCCAGCGGAAACUGGUCGAUCGAGAACUGCACGCGUCCAGCGUACGUUUCCAAAUGAGCACGCCAAGAAUCAAGAACGCCAAGCGCAGAGCCAAAGACAGGAAAUAUCAAACUAUUCUACAAAUUAUUUGAUGUCUCGACUGGGGAAUACCAUACCAUGCCACACAAAAAUAUAGACUUGGUGAACAUGCUAAUUAAACCAAAUAGCUCUAUCGAUACCCUCGAUAAUUGGAUUCCUGAACUUGGACUGACUGGCGACAGGCGAAGCUUUGGCCCCGAACUCCAAGACGAGGAGCUGACCUAUAGAGCCAAGGCUGAAUCGAGGGAAUUGUAGCUGGCGAUCUUAGACAUAUUGUAUUGGUUAAAAAGUGGACCACGAAACGCAUAAAUAAACGAGAAAUGUGAUCGAA